CAGGAAGUGCGGAGUGUUCCUUUCUGGAGCCGCCAUAGCCGCGUCCCUGGUUCUGCCCCGGGAAGGUACAGGUGGCUGAGCCAGUGCUGCCCUGUGAGCUCCCUCCCCGCAGGAGCCUCUGCAGGACCCCCGACUCGUCAGAAGCCGGGAAGGGUGCAGCCCUGCAGCCUGCUACAUGCUUCCCAGGCUGGAGAACACAAGCACACCUUCAGUGUUGGUGUCAUUUGAAGAUGUGGCCGUGGACUUUACCCAGGAAGAAUGGCAGAUCAUGGACAAUACUCAGAGGACCCUGUACAGGGAGGUGAUUCUUGAGAUCUAUAACAAUCUAGUGUCUUUGGGGUACAACAUAACAAAGCCUGAUGUGAUCUGCAAAUUGGAGCAGGAAUCAGCACCAUGGACAGCGGACAAAUCUGUACACCAGGAAAUUGCAGAUCCCUUCAGAAAAAAUGAGUUGCAUGGAGGUAAUAAGAAAGGUCGAGAAAUCAUCUUCAGACAGAAGUCUUAUUUACAAAGUGACCAGGUUAAUGUAGAAAGAACAGAGUAUGAAAUAAUAUUUUGA